AUGAAUGUCGAAAGGAAAAAGACAUCACGGGCACAGAGUGAAGGCUAUUGGGACUAUGUUGGUUUCUCUGGGAUCCAGCGUGGGACCCUCCGCGGAUCCCAGCUUGGGCCCCCCCGCGGGUCCCGUGGGGUCCAACAUAGCCUCCAACAUGGCUCUCGCGUUAGCUCAUCACACCCUUUCCACCACCACCAUCUAAAGCAUGGAGGACGGCACGAGAAGAUAAUAAUCCCACAAGUUCCACGAAAAAAUUACCUAUAUUAUCUGGAAGAGAAACGAAGACUACAAUUCAAGAAAUUUCUCCUCCACAGAAUGUUUCUUGUGGCCAAGAUAUCCCCAAAUGUGGAGAAGAAAAAAAUUAUUGAGUACUAUGAGCAACUACACCAACAUAUACUCAAGUUUCACCAGGGAGAAAAUGUUACUGGGAUCAUCCUUGUCUAUCCUACAACCAUUCUCCAUGUCAUUGAGAGCUCCACUGGGACUCUUUACCGAAUUCUUCAAGACUACGUUUCUCACGAAGAAGACGAACCUAGAUUUUUGCUCUGUGACCUUAAAAUUCUAGUUAUGUCUCAUAACAUUCCAACAAGACUCUUCAUGCAAUGGUACACUUCUGUGAUUAAUGUACCAGUGAUGUACCUGGAAGAUAUCACACAAUCGCAAUCUAAAGAUGAGGUGGUUACUGAUUGCCUCACCCUGGUGCUCAAGCUUGGCAUGUAUCUUUCAAGGAAUGUUAAAGUAGGCACUAAAGGACCAGGAGAUAACCUGCACAGCCUUGUGCCUGAACUUCUCCUCCCUGAAGAAAUCAUAAAGUAUCUAUGUAGAGCUGAAGGCUUCCUGACCCCCGCAGAGUUUUUAAGAAUGUAUAACAAGCCUAUUCAUGUGACGUUGGAUGCAGAAGUUGUGUGGCCUACCCCCACACCUCUUUAG